UAAACUUUUUUUACCUACACUUAUGGUACUGGCAAAGUAAUGUGUUAUCUGUGGUAUCUUUAUUAUGGUAUGAUAUACUUACAAUAAUAGCAUUCUACUCUGUUUCGUACGGUGAGUGGAGUCGGAGACCCUUUUCCUUUUCCUCACCCUUUCAGUCCAUUCCCACUUUUCAAUUGUCAAUCCUUUCCUUACCCCUUUAAGCGAGCAGUGCAUUCGAGACGCUACGUGCUUCUGUUCAUGGACGGUGGUAAUCGCUUACUCUGAGGUGAACCACCUGCUCAGUCGCCCGCAAAGACACAAAUAAAAACAAACCCAGUAUCCUCUACAAACGAGUUAAAUUCAUUUAAUAAACUUUAAUAGAAUAUUAAUAAUAUUAAUUUAUUAUUAUUGCUAAGAAUUAGUAUGGUGCUUACCAAUAGGCGAAAAAAAUAUUUGGAAGCUACUACCGCAAAGACACAUAAAAUUUUUUGCUUUGGAUUAAAUUAAACCGAAAGUUAUUAUCCAUGUAGAUAAGUAAUAAAUAAGGAAAUUUUUAUAUUCACUAUCCUACACCUAAUAUUCCAUUUAUAUGUUUAUAAUUAGUGAAUGAAAUGAUAAAGACCAUAAUAUCAGCUACCUACUGCUUUCUAACCCUAUGUAAAUGUUGUGUUUAUACCACGCGUUGUUUAUAUUGUCUGUCACAUUUUCAAUAAAUUAUCUGUUUAAAAACUUCGAACUGUCAAAAAUCUGUGGUCAAAAACGCCGACGGCUGAUGACUUGCGUUGAUUAGUUUUGAUGUGAGUUUUUCAUGAAUAGAUUUGAAAUAUAAAUAUUUUUACUGAAUUAAUUGAAAAAACGUUUCUCAGAAGAUCCAUCACGUUUCUUAAACAUGGCUUCAAAUAGGGAAGAAACGAUGCGUCAAUUCUGUGAUGUUACGGGAGCCGAUGAGAAUCGCAGUAGAUUCUUUUUAGAAUCUUCUAAUUGGCAACUUGAGGUUGCGCUAUCAAGCUUUUAUGAGAAUGGUGGUAACGUAGACGAGGCUCCAGCCAAUGCAGCGCCGGUGUCAGCGUCUCCGCAACCGAUGUCUGAAAGCGAUUUGGAUUCGCCACCAGGAUCACCGGAAAAGGCUCAGAAAAAAGACAAGAAAAAGAAAACGAACACAAAAUUUGCGACAUUAGAUACCUUACAACAGGACAGCUCUAGUGAGGAAGAUGAAGGCCAAGCCUUCUAUGCUGGUGGUUCUGAGAGGUCCGGACAACAGAUACUAGGCCCUGGGAAAGGGCGCAAGGACAUUGUUACGGAAAUGUUUAAGAGCAUUCGGGAACGCGGUGCUGUGGUAUUCGAAGAUGAACCGUCGUCCACAAGUCGCGGGCGUGGUGGUGUCUUCUCUGGAGUUGGAUACAGGCUUGGUCAAACAGCAGAUGACCACGAACAAAUAACACCAGGCAAUGCGGCGCAGUCGGACCAGCCGCGUUCGGUGCGUCUCCGUUUGUACCGGGAAGGAUUCACCGUUGAUAACGGGCCGAUACGUCAGUAUGGAGAUCAGGAAAACGCUGAGUUCCUUAGCUGCAUUCGUAGAGGUGAAAUACCCCCCGAGCUAUCAGGAGGUGGGGAGGUGCGCGUGAGUCUUGAGGAUAGGAGGCAUGAGGAGUGUCCUAGGACAAUGUCUAAGACGCAGGCGUUCACUGGGAAGGGACAUUUGCUUGGAAGCCCUACACCAGCAACAGUGGGCGCGACUGUACCAGUAGCCUCUCAAGCCGGCGACCGCGCGGCCAACCAGCGCGCCGCGCAGGAGGCCAUGAGCCUCGACGAGGCCAGCCCCGUCACCACUGUGCAGUUCCGCCUAGCAGACGGCAGCCGUCUAACCGGGCGGUUCAACCACACGCACACGGUGGAGGACCUGUACCUGUACGUGUCGAUAGCGGAGCCGAGCUACCAGAUCCAGCCGUUCGUGCUGCUGACGACGUUCCCGAGCGUGGAGCUGUCGGACCGCUCGGCGACGCUCGGGAACGCUAAACUGUUGAACACUACUGUACUGCAACGGCUUAAAUAAACGUUUCGAUAUGUGCC